AUGGUAAUCAAUGCGGAUGUAGAACCUCAACGGCCAGUGCUGGCCACUGCCGCCGUCUCGGUCAUGCAGCCCAACUACAGUACCUUCACAACGCCCGCUAUGCCAGCCGGCCCACCAGAGCUGCUCGAUAUCCCUGGUAAACGUGCUACCUUUACAUCUGGAAGUGAGGAAGAGAUACGCCUUGGAUCUCGAGUCACUUUCAAUGAUCAAUCUGUGAACAUCGAGGGCAUCGACUUCCAAAUGAACGAGGCAAACAAUUACAUGGUCACCUUUCACGAAGAUGAGCAUGCCCAAAAGCGAGAGCAAUGGGACAACAAGACGCAGUUUUAUAUGGGCGUUAUUAGCUACGCGGUUGGCCUCGGUAACGUAUGGCGGUUUCCAUACUUAUGUCAGAAAAAUGGUGGAGGGGCUUUCCUUAUUCCCUACGUGAUUAUGAUGAUAUUGCUUGGUUUACCUCUAUUUUUGAUUGAACUUGGCAUCGGGCAGCGAUUACGAACUGGACCAAUGGGAGUAUGGAAUGCCAUACAUCCGUAUUUGGGAGGUCUCGGUGUAUCAGCGGCUGUAGUUUCGUAUCUAGUUGCACUUUACUACAAUGUUAUUAUAACAUGGUGCUUGUACUACCUCAAGGAAUCAUUCACGUUGAAUCUACCAUGGGGAGCUUGUCCUCGUGACGAUAAUGGAACGAUAGAUAUAGAAUGUCAGAUGUCGUCAUCGACUACAAUGUACUUCUGGAAUCGUGAGGCACUGGAUACUACAGGAAGCAUUGGCGAACUGGACAGCUUCAAUCCGCACAUCACGAUUUCACUCAUUGUCGCAUGGACUUUGAUUUAUUUAUGUGUAAUGAAGGGAAUUAAAAGUAGCGGAAAGGUUAUGUAUGCCACAGCAACUUUUCCUUACGUCGUCACAACAAUUUUUCUGAUACGAUCCGUCACCCUUGACGGAGCAAUGAAGGGUCUUUGGCAUAUGAUCAAUCCUGAUCUCCACAAACUCUACAGCCCUACCGUAUGGCUUGAAGCUGCGACACAAAUCUUUUACAGCAUGGGAUUGGGAUUCGGAGGACUCAUUGCUUUCGGGUCCUACAAUCCGCUGAAAAAUGACUGCAAAAAGGACGCAAAGUGGUUGGCACUCUGCAAUGUGGUCACAUCUUUGUAUACAGCUGUCGUCAUCUUUUGUGUGCUUGGUUACAUGGGACACAAUACAAUGAAUAACUGUAUUGAAAAAGAUAUGGUGGUCAUGCAAACCAUUUUCCCCAACAAAUUCCCAUCUGUUGAGGAUGUGCGAAGGACGUUUACUCGGGAACAGUAUAUCGAGUUGAUGGAUCACAAAUUUGCUGGCGAAUUCAAUGCGAUGGCUGAGCGAUCUCAAAUGUGCAACUAUGCCACCAUCAUCUCUGAGGCCGCUGAAGGUACUGGUCUGGCAUUUGUUGUCUUCACAGAGGCAAUUUUGAGAUUUCCAUUCCCACCGGCAUGGUCUAUACUCUUCUUCUUGAUGCUUCUUUCGCUUGGCCUCGGGAGCAUGUUCGGCACACUUGAAGGUGUAAUCACCUCGCUCAAUGAUUCGCAUCUCAUUACGGUGACCAAGCCAGUGCUGACGGGUCUGCUUUGUGCUUCAGCCUGUCUCAUUGGAUUGCUCUUUUCCACUAGAGCUGGACAAUAUUGGGUCGCUUUAUUCGAUUCAUUCGCCGGCUCCUACGCGCUUAUGUGCGUUGCGUUCUUUGAAGUGAUUGCGGUGGUGUACGUCUACGGAUACAGGCGCUUCUCCCGAGACAUUGAGUUUAUGACCGGCUCCAUCCCCGGUCAAUAUUGGCUGAUCACUUGGCGUUUUGUCGCUCCAAUCAUUAUGGCUGUACUGUUUACCUGCAGCGUUGUUCAAUGCUUCUCCAAGGCUACCACCUACUACGCGUACAAUAAGGAAACGACCAAGCAAGACGAGACUGAGUAUCCAAUUUGGGCAAUGUUCAUCGCUCUACUCAUGGUACUCCUCGCUAUCAUGCCCACGUUCAGUGUAUGGUUCUUGCGCUACUUCAAGAUUUGGAAGCUUGAAGCGGACAUUCCGGCUGCGUCAAAGUGUCUGGGCACAACGCAGAGCACCACCUACAUGCUCAAGAGUGAGCAGAGUUUCAACCGUAUGACGGAAUCAAACGUAUCUGUGGCAGAGAUGGAGCCAGUUCCUAUAGUACGCUCCUAAAACAUCAGUGUUCAUCUAGCAAGUUGUUUGCCUAUUCUUCUCUGGAUCCCAUGUACAUAGAAAUCUCUACGGUUGUUGUUGUUGUAUGCAUAUAUAUAUAGUAGGAGGUCAAGCAUCUUUGCAGUUCUAUUUGCGCAAAGAUGUGCUCUAUCUGUAGUUGAGGCACUUUUUGUGUCCUUCGCAUACACAGUAUCUCAUGGUCUUGCUCACUGCGCUGCCUUUGGCUGCGACGACGUUGAGCCAGCCAGCCAGUACUGGCCAUGCGGAUACUGUACUGUUUGCACUCACUACACAGGUACUGUCGUGGCAUGUGAUUGGGUAGUGUCCGAUGGUAGGACCACGCCCACUGUCGAACGCGCAAUACAUUCAGCACUGGUAGUCUUUGUUAGCAUUAGAUGAUAAUAUGUUAUAACUUUAAUCCAUGUGAUUUUGGCAUUAUGUCGUAUUGUAUGUUCAAAUCAUUUGAUCUGACGGCUAUCCUGGAGAUUACUGAUCCAGUUAUGAAAUCACAGCGCUUCAUUCACUCGUGAUUGAGUUUUACUUUAUUAUCAAGAAAUCCCAUCAAUCCCAUACAACUCACUCGCCCUCAUUCUCGUCAACUAUCGCAAUAUGGUCUUCCCUAUGCACUGUCAGAGUUUUUUUCUAGUACCCGGUGCAUUUUGUGCUUUAGCUGCAGACGGUAUGCAAAUCCCUAGCCCUUUACAUUCUCCCUUUUGUCUAUCCCGGCUAUUUUUCGACCCCGGUAGAAUUAUGGUUUUUUAAACUUUGUGUCAGUAUCUUCAUGGUCAAUUAUUCUAGUUGUGCUCACGUUGAGAUCGGUCAUUUCAGUGAGUUUUGUUGAAAAAUUUGUGCUCAAACAGAUGAGAUCCCAAUAUUACCGUCCUAUUGAAUUGUGCAAUGUAUAAG